AUGGCUAGUGCAAAAGGUUCAAAACCAAAUUUACCAGAAUCCAAUAUCGCCAUUGGAAUUGAUUUAGGUACGACUUAUUCUUGUGUUGGUGUAUGGAGAAAUGAAAAUGUAGAUAUUAUUGCUAAUGACCAAGGUAAUAGAACAACCCCAUCUUAUGUUGCUUUCACCGAUACCGAAAGAUUAAUUGGAGAUGCUGCUAAAAACCAAGUAGCUAGGAAUCCAGAAAAUACAGUAUUUGAUGCUAAGAGAUUAAUUGGUAGGAAAUUUACAGAAUCAUCUGUACAAAGUGAUAUGAAACAUUGGCCAUUCACUGUUAAAUCAGGUGUUGAUGAGAAACCAAUGAUUGAAGUUACUUAUCAAGGAGAAAAGAAAUUAUUCCAUCCAGAAGAGAUUUCUUCUAUGGUAUUACAAAAAAUGAAAGAAAAUGCUGAAGCAUUUUUAGGAAAAUCUAUAAAGAAUGCUGUCAUUACCGUUCCAGCUUAUUUUAACGAUUCACAAAGACAAGCUACUAAAGAUGCUGGUACAAUUGCAGGAUUAAAUGUUAUGAGAAUUAUUAAUGAACCUACUGCAGCUGCUAUUGCAUAUGGUUUACACAAAAAAGGAAAAGGUGAAAAGAACAUUUUAAUUUUCGACUUAGGAGGAGGUACAUUUGAUGUAUCUUUAUUAACUAUUGAAGAUGGUAUUUUUGAAGUAAAAGCUACUGCUGGUGAUACUCAUUUAGGUGGUGAAGAUUUCGAUAACAGAUUAGUAAAUUUCUGUGUUGAAGAUUUCAAAAGAAAAAACAGAGGUAAAGAUUUAUCAAAAAAUAGUAGAGCCUUAAGAAGAUUAAGAACACAAUGUGAAAGAGCAAAACGUACUUUAUCAUCAUCUACACAAGCUACAAUUGAAAUAGAUUCCUUAUUUGAAGGUAUUGAUUACAGUGUUACUGUAAGUAGAGCAAGAUUUGAAGAAUUAUGUAUCGACUAUUUCCGUGAUACUUUAAUUCCAGUAGAAAAAGUUUUAAAAGAUGCUAUGAUGGAUAAAAAAAGUGUACAUGAAGUUGUUUUAGUUGGUGGUUCUACAAGAAUUCCAAAAAUCCAAACUUUAAUAAAAGAAUUCUUUAAUGGUAAAGAAGCAUGCAGAUCAAUUAACCCUGAUGAAGCUGUUGCAUAUGGUGCAGCUGUACAAGCAGCUAUUUUAUCUGGUGACCAAUCAAAUGCUGUCCAAGAUUUAUUAUUAUUGGAUGUUUGCUCCUUAUCAUUAGGUUUAGAAACUGCUGGUGGUGUUAUGACCAAAUUAAUUGAAAGAAACACAACCAUACCAGCCAAAAAAAGUCAAAUCUUUACUACUUAUGCUGAUAACCAACCAGGUGUCUUAAUUCAAGUAUAUGAAGGUGAAAGAGCCUUAACCAAAGAUAACAAUUUAUUAGGAAAAUUUCACUUAGAUGGUAUUCCACCUGCACCAAGAAAGGUACCACAAAUUGAAGUUACCUUCGAUAUCGAUGCUAACGGUAUCUUAAACGUUACAGCUGUAGAAAAAUCCACUGGUAAACAAAACCAUAUUACAAUUACUAACGACAAAGGAAGAUUAUCUCAAGAUGAAAUUGAUCGUAUGGUUAAUGAUGCUGAAAAAUACAAAGCAGAAGAUGAAGAAAACAGAAAAAGAAUUGAAGCAAGAAACAGCCUUGAAAAUUACUGCUAUGGAGUUAAAAGCUCAUUAGAAGACCAAAAAAUUAAAGAAAAAUUACAACCAGCUGAAAUUGAAACUUGUAUGAAAACUAUUACAACCAUACUUGAAUGGUUAGAGAAAAACCAACUUGCUGGAAAAGAUGAAUAUGAAGCCAAACAAAAAGAAGCAGAAUCAGUUUGUGCUCCAAUUAUGUCUAAAAUCUAUCAAGAUGCUGCUGGUGCAGCCGGUGGUAUGCCAGGAGGUAUGCCCGGUGGAAUGCCAGGUGGAAUGCCAGGAGGAAUGCCAGGUGGUAUGAAUUUCCCAGGAGGUAUGCCCGGAGCAGGAAUGCCAGGAAAUGCCCCAGCUGGAAGUGGACCAACAGUUGAAGAAGUUGAUUAA